AUGAUGUUUCGGUCUUCGGGGAAGGCCCAGACGGGCGACUUGAAGAUCGAUUCGAAGAAGCAACAAGGCUCCAGUGAAGUUGGUAAUCGGGCGAGUAAGGUGGCUGAGAACUUUCCAAAAUAUGUUUCUACCCCCUGCACUGUGAUCUUGUGCUACCUUGAUCCUCUACCACCACCAUCUCUGGCCUUCAAUAUGGGUAGAACUAAGAAGAACCCAAAGAAGAGAGCACUUUCCACAUCAAUGUCUGAAGAUGCCAGUCCACCUAAGAUCAAAGCCAGUAAUCAAGAUGAUGCUAAGAGCUCUAGACGUUCUAAGAAGGUUAGAACUAAGAAACCUGGUCCUCCUCAACAGCCAACCCGCAAGAAGCCAGGCCGUCCAUCAAAGAAGGGCCAGGCAAUCAGAACUGAUCCACUUCCUGAUCAAGAUACUGUCAUGUCUUCCCAAUUUCUUCAGCCUCUCACACCUCCCCAGAAGGCCAACAAGAAGGAUCCAAAUGCUAACGAGUACACUCCACGUACUGCGCAGGCUGUCCGGUUCAGCAUGCAAAUACCUAUCUGGCAGAUUGAAGUGUCUCAUAUACCAAAGAAACAGCCACGUCACGGAACCACAGAGUCACCAGAUAUGAGGCCACUGAAUAGGCUCACCCGGUUAGAGAAGGAUGGAUGGACAUGUCUUGGAACAACACCUACAGCAAAUGUGUACAGGCUGUUCCAGGAUUUUGAGAAUGACUACUCACCUCAGGAGUACAAGAUCUCCAGUGGUCUCAUCUCUAUGCAGUUCUUUGGUCAUCCUUGUGAUCGGCCUAAGGACAUACGUGCUCGCUCCUUUCUUCUUGAAUGGGCAACUCAGGAUCGCAAAGUUCCAUCAAAGUACAAGGAUAAAUCUCGACCUGUUUUCCGUGUUGAGUAUCAAUGUCUUGGAAGUUGA